AACUUUGCCCCACAAAAAUGGCGGAGGACUCAAGUGUGGAGGUCCGAAUCUAUCCAGAAUCAGCCCUAGUUUCUCAUAGUUAGCUCAGGGGAUCAAGUCGGAGAAGGUCCAUAAGACAAAAUGAGCGAGUCCAGUUCUGGAAAAGGCAGCGGCAAGAGACGAAAGUCUUCUGGGACCCCUAGGAAAUCUGAUAGCUCCUCACCCUCUCCUGUGAAAAGCCCUUCUGUAAACUACGCCAAGCUGAGUCCAAUAGCUAAAAAGGUACGAGAUGUGGCUGCAGACUGGCACAACCUGAUCCAGAGAUGGGAGGUACUGAAUGCAUCAGGAGCCUCAGUUGCCAACAAGAUAGUCAACUGUAAGCUUGCCAACAUCGAAUCUAAAGAUGCAGCUGAGAUGACUGUUGGGCAGACAUCAGCAGGGUCUGUAGCUGGAGCAGGUGGAACAGGUGAAGCAGCUGAUGCUGAUGGGAUGAGUAAGGAGCUGGAAGUCUUCUGUAAUCAGCUAACUGACACUUACAAUGCCAUGGCUGAUUCCAUAUGUCUUUCUCAGGCAAAAUUGUGGGAGAAGAUGGAGAAGUUGACAUCCAACCUGAAAGGCCAGAGAGAGCUGCAGCAGUACCAAUCUGACAAUGAUGACAGUGAUCCAAAUAUUCCUUUCCAGACAUGGACUAUUCAACAUUUCUAUGAGGUAUCAGCAGAGCUCUCUGAGAUGUACAGCAAGGAGCUGAAACUGAAGCAGGCAAUAUCAGAGAACAUUGCACACCAGUCUGACAGGCACACCAUGAUGUUCCUAGCCUCCUCCUGGCUCCACCAGCCAUACAUAGACAAUAGGAGUGAAAUAUUGUUGGAGAGUAUGUUGGUAGAGACUGGACACAGAUGACAUUUACUGUGUAGAAGAACUAUUUUUUUUUUUCUGCAGACUUACAAGACAUAAAAUGCUCCAUGGUACUAUUGUCAUGGGUGGCAUAGCAGAUGUAAGUGAAGGAUGUAGUUCAUCAUUAUAAUGUUGAUUUGUAUUACAUGUAUUAAAGUUUCAGUAAACAAUA